AUGCCCAUAUCUUGGGUCCUCAAGCCUCUCGCCAUCGCUUCGGCAGUUGCCUUUGGUGCACUCGGCCUCCUGUCACGCAAGAAUCAAAAGGCCCGCCUCUACUUCAAUGUCACUGUUUAUCUCACCACUCUCGCCACAACUAGUGUCUGGGGUCUCGUAGUCACCAUCCUUGCGUCAGCCACGGGCCAGAGACUCAACAUCAACUACUAUGUCGCACGUUCAUUCUACAAGAUCUGCGGUCCGCUCGUGGGCAUCAAAGUGAUUGUCGAAGGCGAAGAGCAUCUCGACGGCCUCUCCACCGCCAACAACGGCAAGCACCAGAGCGCCGUUCUGACCCCCUGUAUGCUCGACAUCCUGUUCCUCGGGCGUGUCUUCCCCGAGCGCACUGUCAUCAUGGCUAAGAAGGAGCUCAAGUAUUCGCCCCUUUUGGGCCAGUACAUGCACGCGUCGGGCGCCGUGUUCAUCGACCGCAAGAAUCGCAAGGACGCCCACCGCACCGUUGCCCAAGCUGGCGAGGACAUGAAGCGGCGGGGCGUCUCCCUCUGGGUCUUCCCCGAGGGCACACGCUCCCUUCACCCCGAGCCGACCAUGCUGCCCUUCAAGAAGGGCGCUUUCCACCUCGCUGUUCAGGCCCAGGUGCCCGUGGUGUGCAUCGUUUGCGAAAAUUACAACCGCAUCUUCGACGGGCGCACCCGCUUUGAGCCUGGCACCUUGCGCGUCCGGACAGUCCUGCCACCCAUCCCCACCAAGGGGCUGACGUUCGAGGACGUGUCGAGCUUGACCGAGUCUACGCGCGACGCCAUGCUCAAGGCGCUCAAGAAGAUUUCGCAGCCUGUUCCUGCGACCGCUAAGACGGCGGCUGCCAUCGAAACAUCUGUCGCAAAGGCGACGGCGCUGGAGAAGAUCCGUACCGACAACAACACUGUCGACCAGCGUCUCGUUGCGUCUGCUGUGUCUGAAUCCAGCGAGGGCGCAAGUCGCGACACCACCGAGGACGAGCUCGACGGGGACGCCGUGGUCCUCAAGAGACCAAAGGCCGAGUGA